CGGGGCGGACAGAGUCCGGUGGGUAUAAAGGCGGCGGCAGAGGGCUCAGCCACAGCCACAGCCACAGGGGGACACAGCGCCAUGGCUCUGCCCGAGCCCCAGGCCCGGCUCCCAGAAGGCUCGCAGCUGAGGUUCCUGCUGUUCCUGCUGCUGCUGCUGCUGCUGCUGUCAUGGUCGUCACCGGGGGGCGCCCUGGCAGUGACCGAGCCGCGACGCUCCCUCCCGGAGCCCCAACUCCACGCCCACGAGCCCCGAGGUCGCUUCCAGGACCCGCUGAGGCCGCUGCAUGCCAACCAGAGCCGGGAGGACUCGAACUCAGAAUCCAUCCCCGACAAGGCGGUCCGGGUACUCACUCCAGAAGUGCGACUGGAGUCCCACGGUCACUUGCUGCUCCGCGUCAACCGGACGUCGCUGACCCACGGCCUCCCCAAAGCCUACCGCGUGCACCGAGCCCUGCUCCUGCUGACGCCGUCGUCCCGGCCAUGGGACAUCACCGGGCCCCUGCAGCGCGCGCUCAGCCUCCGGGGACCCCGUGGCCCCGCGCUGCGCCUGCGCCUAGCGCCGCCUCCCGACCCGGCCGUGCUGCCCUCUGGAGACGCGCGGCUGGAACUGCACUUCUGGGCGGCCGCCGGCAGGGGGCGCCGCAGCGCGCAUGCGCGCCCGAGAGACUCCUGCCCGCUGGGUCCUGGGCGCUGCUGUCACCUGCAGACUAUGCAGGCGACACUCGAGGACCUGGGCUGGAGCGACUGGGUGCUGUCCCCGCGCCAGCUGCAACUGAGCAUGUGCGUGGGCGAGUGCCCCCACCUCUACCGCUCGGCCAGCACGCACGCGCAGAUUAAAGCGCGCCUGCACGGCCUGCAGCCCGACCGGGUGCCCGCCCCGUGCUGCGUCCCCUCCAGCUACACCCCGGUGGUCCUCAUGCAUAGGACAGACAGCGGCGUGUCACUGCAGACCUACGAGGACCUGGUGGCCCGGAGCUGCCACUGCGCAUGAGCGCCGGGCCCCGCCGUCACCUGCACUCCCCUUCCAGGAUGCUAUUUAUAUUUGUAUUUAUUAAUAUUAUUAAUUUAUUGCGGUCGGGCUGGGUGGAUGGAUUGUGUAUUUAUUUAAAACUCUGCUAAUAAACGUGAGCCUGGUUUCUAUGGGGUGUCUCGGUG